UCCUAUUACUGGCGCCCAAAUUAUUUCCACGUCUUAUCAUGGCCUCCAUUUUGGUCAGACCAUACAUUAUUUUAAUUAUAUGGUAGCAUUAGCAGCCGAUCGUCUUCUUGACGAGGUAUCUCCCUCUCGCAUAAAACACCGUCUUCUUACGGGCAGUACUCCAGCCACGCAACAAAACCAUGUUGAAGAAGGGAGUUCCUACAACUGCAAUUGUGUCCUUCGUGUUCGUGUUUAUGGUGUUCUUCUUCACUUCCCAAAUAAACCUCUCGUUGCUUUCUGGAUCAAAUGUGGCUUCUUCGGUAGCCAGGAGUAAACCAGUUAUUGUGAACACGGCGCGGGAAGACAAGCGAGCUCCUUCAACUUCCCGUCCAGGGGUCAAGAACGUAAUCACAUGCGACUGCUCUCACGGAUACUAUGAUAUGUGGUCUAUCAACGGUCCAACGCUCUUGGAUCCAAUCACUUCAACAUUCUUCGCAAUCGGCGCCACUAACUCGACCCCACUAGACUUCACAGUGAAAUUUCAUCCUUACCCUCGGAAGACGGAUAAAAAUGCCAAGUCUAAAGUCAACGAACUAACACUCACCUCAGCUCCACCAAAAUCCUCCUGCGGAAUCAGGCAUUCGAGUCCAGCCAUAGUAUUCAGCACGGGCGGGUACACAGGAAACUUCUACCAUCAGUUCAAUGAUGGUCUGCUUGCUCUCUACAUCACCAUUAAUUCUCACACUCUAGAUCAAGAUGUCAUCCUAGUGGUCACCAAUUGGAGCGAUUGGUGGGCCAAAAAAUACGCUGAUCUACUGCAUCAAUUCACCAGGCACCCCAUCGUCAACAUGGACAAUCAGACCAGGACACACUGCUUCCCAUCGGCAAUCGUAGGGCUAAUGACACACGGUCCCUUAGUUGUGGACCCCAGAUUGCUGCCCCGGAAUAAAACACUCCUUGAUUUCCAUGCACUCCUACAAAAUACAUAUGGUCCCCGAGGUAAUUAUCUUUCGACAUCUGGUAAAUCAAAGGGUGCUAGGCCCCAGCUUGUUCUGGUGAAUAGAAAAAAUGGUGUCGGUCGUGAGAUCUUGAACUUGAAAGAAGUUCUCAAGGCAAUUGAGGAAGUGGGAUUUAAAGCAAUAGUGUUCGAGCCAAAGCGAAAUGCUUCGGUGAGGGAAACAUACAGGCUACUCCAUGGAAGCCAUGCAAUGUUAGCAGUACAUGGUGCUGCGAUGACACAUUUAUUGUUUCUAAGAGUAGGAACGGUGGUGGGUGAAAUAGUGCCGAUUGGAACAGAUUGGCCUGCUAAGACAUUCUACGAGAAGCCGGCUAGAGUUUUGGGAUUAGAGUACAUGAAAUAUAAGAUUGAAGUUAAUGAAAGUAGCUUGUCAGAAAAGUAUCGGGUUAAUGAUUUGGUGCUAAAGAACCCUUCAGCUUUUGUCAACGGAAAUUAUACAAAGGCCAUGGUAUAUAUGAAGACCCAAAAUGUCAAGCUUGAUAUCGUUAGGUUUCGGGCAUACUUAAAGGAGGCUUUUGUGCAAGCUCAAAGAUUUAUGGACAAAGAAGGCUAGCUAGCUAGCAGGCAUUUUGACGCUGUUUUUUUCUUUUCAUCGUAUUAAUGUUGAUGUUGUCAAUGAUUUUGUAUAUACAUCAUUAUUCCAUUAUUCUUCAAGAAA